ACUACUCGUUGUCUGUCCUCGUUAGUAGUUAUAUUAUAUAGUUAUCCAUUCCCUCCCUAGAUUCUUUGCGCCAGCCAGCAAGAAAAUAGUGGACCCCACACCUCCUUCUUCUUCUCGCUAAAGGUUUUAAUAAAUAUCCAAAAACCCUAAUUUCUUUCACAAGCUAACUAUCUCCAAUUCAAUUCAAUUCAAUUCAAUUCAACUUCUCAAACCCUAGCGCAAAUCUCUCACUUUCUUGAUCUUCUCCUUCUCUCAAUUUCGCGCACUGAAAUUCCUCAUGGAGGCUUCUGUCAAGCCAGAAUCGGAAUCCACAACUGUUUCUCUUGAUCAGUCUCACGACGAACGGAAAAAUUCUACUGUCAAUGGUUGCAUUGUUUAUACUCGAGUCAAGAGGUCUCUCAUUUCUUGUAACACUUUUUCCAAAGAUGUUGAUUCCAAGAGAUUUAAGGAGAAUGCUGAGGUUCCGCUUGAAUUGGAUAAUGAAAUCGGUUGCUGCACGGUUGGUAGGGAUGAUGAGCUGAAGACUGAGCCUCAUGAGGUUCCGGUGACAACGUUCAAGCGGAUUACAAGAUCGGCUAUGAAAGCGAAGGUUGAGUCCGGUGAGGAGACUGUGAGUGUGUUAGAACAACAAGGUGAAGCAGUUGGAACUGUUAAUAAAGAUGAUGGUAAGGUGCCAGUGAGAAAUUUCAAGCGAAUUACACGUUCGGGGAUGAAAGAAAAGGUUGAGUCUGGUGAGGAUAAGGUGAAUGUGUUAGAACAACAAGGUGCUGCUGUUGUUGCAAAUGCAAGUGGUAAAAGCAAUGGUAAGGUGUCUGUGAAGAGUUUCAAGCGGCUUACACGAUCAAAUAUGAAAUUAGAGGUUGAGUCUGGUGAGGAUAAGGUGACUGACUUAGAACAGCAGGGUACUGCUAUUGCAAGUGGUGAAGUUGAUAGGAGUUUCAAGCGGGUUACGCGAUCGGCAGCAAUGAAAGAGGGUGAGGAGAUAGUGACAGAGUUAGAACAGCAUGCUUCUGUGGCUGCCAGUGAAAUUGAUGGUGCAUUCCCUGUUUCGAGAAACAAGAUGGAGUUGAAAAUGUCAAAGAAGAUUGUGGUCAAUAAGAAGCCUAAAACAGUCAAGGAGCUCUUUCUUACUGGUUUACUUGAUGGUGUCUCUGUGGUUUACAUUGGCGGCAUUAAUAAGGCUCCAGGAUUAAGGGGUGUUAUAAGAGAUGGAGGAAUAUUAUGUUCAUGCUGUCUCUGUAAUGGACGCAAGGUUAUUCCACCUUCCCAGUUUGAGAUCCAUGCUUGCAAAAAAUAUAAGAGAGCAGUAGAGUAUAUUUGCCUUGAAAAUGGGAAGAGCCUGCUGGAUCUGUUGAGAGCGUGCAGGGGAGCUCCUCUGCAUGCUUUGGAGGCAACAAUUCAAAACUUCGUUUGUUCAGCACCCGAGGAAAAAUAUUUUACUUGUAAAAGGUGCAAAGGAUGUUUUCCUUCAUGUAUGAAAAGAGUGGGACCUAUAUGCUGUUCUUGUGUAGAAUCAAGUAAACCUGAAGAAACUGCUAAGAAUGUAGUUGGCAAAAGAAUCAGGUCUCCUAGACCAGUGCUGGCCUCCAAGUCAUCCUGUGCUUUUGAGCUGUCUAUCUCUUCAAAAAGUAAGAUACACAAGAAGAAAAGAACAAAGUCAUCAAUAAGGGUCCGCAGCUCAAAUUCUUCCAAGAGUGCUUCUGCGCCCAGUUUACUGGAGAAGAAAAUUACGCCGAUGACGGAAAAGAAGUCAUCAUCCGUAAAGUUGAAGACCACUUCAAAUUCAAAUUGUUUAUCUCCACAAAAUAAUAGUCAAUGGAAGAUAACUAAGAAGGAUCAUCGGCUGCACAAGUUAGUAUUUGAGGAAAAUGGAUUGCCUGAUGGAACUGAAGUAGCUUAUUAUGCAGGCGGACAGAAAUUGCUUGAAGGUUUCAAAAGGGGCUCUGGAAUUGUUUGCAGAUGCUGCAACACUGAGAUCAGCCCCUCACAGUUUGAGGUCCAUGCAGGCUGGGCUUCUCGCAAGAAACCUUAUGCAUACAUUUACACAUCAAAUGGCGUGUCUCUCCAUGAAUUAUCAAUAUCUCUCUCAAAAGGCAAAAAAUACUCUGCAAAUGACAAUGAUGAUCUAUGCGUUGUUUGUUGGGAUGGUGGAAAUCUGUUGCUUUGUGAUGGAUGCCCAAGAGCCUUUCAUAAAGAAUGUGCAUCUCUAUCGAGUAUUCCACGUGGUAAAUGGUACUGUCAAUUUUGCCAAAACAUGUUCCAGAGGGAAAAGUUUGUCGCAUACAAUGUCAAUGCUUUUGCUGCUGGAAGGGUUGAAGGAGUUGAUCCUAUUGAGCAAAUCACCAAGAGAUGCAUUCGCAUAGUCAAAGACAUUGAUGCUGAGCUUAGUGGGUGUGCUUUAUGCAGGGGGGUUGGCUUCAGCAGAUCUGGCUUUGGUCCACGCACAAUAAUAUUUUGUGAUCAGUGUGAAAAGGAGUAUCAUGUUGGCUGUUUGAGGGAUCACAAGAUGGCAUUUCUAAAGGGAUUGCCAAAAGGUAACUGGCUUUGCUGCAAUGAUUGCACGAGAAUACAUUCUACUUUGGAGAACGUUUUAGUUAGAGGGUAUGAGAGACUCCCUGAAUCUCUAUUGGCUGUUAUAAAGAAAAAGCAAGAGGUAAAAGGAUUGGAUCCCAUGAAUGAUAUCGAUGUGAAAUGGAGGCUUCUUAGUGGAAAAAACGCUUCUCCCGAAACUAGACCAUUGCUUUUGGAGGCUAUCUCUAUCUUUCAUGAAUGCUUUGAUCCUAUAGUUGAUGCAGCUAGCGGACGCGACCUUAUUCGAGCAAUGGUUUAUGGAAAGAGUGUACAGGGGCAAGACUUUGGAGGAAUGUAUUGUGCAUUACUGAUAGUCAAUUCAUCUGUGGUAUCUGCGGGAAUGCUUCGAAUCUUCGGCACUGAUAUUGCUGAACUUCCUUUAGUUGCAACAAGUAACAGUCACCAUGGGAAGGGCUACUUCCAAACACUUUUAUCCUGCAUUGAGAGGCUAUUGGCUUUCAUGAAAGUAAAGAACCUUGUGCUACCAGCUGCAGAAGAAGCACAGUCCAUUUGGACCGAUAAAUUUGGGUUUAGCAAGAUUAAACCAGACCAGCUUGCCAACUACAGAAGGAACUGCAAUCAGUUUGUGACCUUCCAAGGGACAAAUAUGCUUCAUAAAAUGGUGCCUCCAUGUCGAAUCAUCAAUAAUCAUCCCUGACAAUUUUUUAGCAAGAAAAAAUCAAUCAUGAAUGAGGAAACCCGCUGGCUUUCUCACCUCCAUUUAUUUAUUUAUUUUGCUUUCAGAUGGUGUGUGUAUAUAGACUGUCGGCUACUUGAAGCCGAUAUUGGACUCAUUCCUUCUGAUUGUUUAAUCAUUUAUGAUCCCAUGUUUUCUAUGUUAUAGUUUUUAAGAAAACACUUGUUCUUGACCUUGGAUUAGUGCCUCAAAGUAUAUAAUUUAAUAAGAUAUAACAGGUUCUACUA